UCCUCUCCUCUCCCCUACCACCACCCUGGCCCUACUGCGCUGCGGUGCGGUGCGGGCGGCUGCUCUGCUCCCCCUGCUGCUUUCCUUUCCCCCCUCCCCCCUCUCACCUCACCCUGCUGCUUUCCUCCCUCCCUCUUCCAAUCCGCCCUCCAAUCUCAUCUCCAUCCCUCUGUUCCCCUCUCUUUCUCCCACCCCUCCUAGCUUAGCUUCCUGUUCAGCUCUGCUUGCUUGGGUUCCUGUUGCUGUUCUCCCCCCCUCGCUGCUCACCUCCUCCCUGCCGCCUCCCUUCUUCACAAGGUCAAAGCGCGCGCCUCCAAGAUUAGCUGCUGCUGCUUUCCUGGAGGAGAGGAGCCCGAGCGGCAAGAAUCAGGUCGAGAGACAGGAGGGAGAAAGGGGGCCAAGAGACUACUGCUGCUGCUGGUGGUACUGGACAAGCCACAAGGGAGAGGCCGGCCGGCAGGGGUGGGUGGAGGAACGAAAGCGCUCGCGGCUCCCCUGCUCGCUCGGGACAUUCAAUUGGAGGCAACAGUGGCCGGGUAGGCGGCAGCUACAGCACGGCGGCAUCCAUAAAUUAGCGAGCGAGCUCCCCGCGCCCCCUGUCCGUCGCCCCCGUCCCGAACGACUCCUCGACCACGCGGACGCCCGCCGGAGCAUGCGCGCGGCGGGCCUCGGUCGCCGGAGCAGCACCACCGCCGCAGCCAGGGAGGCCAUGUAGCUCAGAGAUGACCGGCACAGCUCGCGGGGGCAGGGGCGGUGGGGCGGGGAUGGAGGACAAGGGCGAGGCGGCGGAGCUGGGCUUCCUGGGGCUCGACAGGAUGCGCCUCCUGCUGCCGCUGCCGCUGCCGGAGAAACUGUCGGCGAGGACGCCGCGGGCGCUCCUGCGCAGCUACUACAUCAACUGGAGCUGGCGCUGGGUGCGGGAUCGCUGGCCCUGGCUGCUCCCGCUCUGGCUCCUGCUCUGGGUGGCCAUCUCCUUCAGGAUCCUCUGGUUCAUGAGCAACCAGGCCGUCGACAAGCGCCGGGAGUUGCUCGCCAGCAUGUGCGACGAGCGCGCGCGGAUGCUGCAGGACCAGUUCAACGUCAGCAUGAACCACCUCCAGGCGCUCGCCAUCCUCGUCUCCACCUUCCACCACUCCAAGACUCCGUCCGCCAUCGACCAGACGACGUUCGCCAGGUACGCGGAGAGGACGGCGUUCGAGCGCCCGCUGACGAGCGGGGUGGCGUACGCGGUGCGGGUCACGCACGCUGAGCGAGAGCAGUUUGAGCGCCAGCAGGGGUGGAGCAUCAAGAAGAUGUACUCCUCCAAGAAGCAGGCGGGGGACGCCGAGGUGCGGGAGCCGGCCGAGGAGUACGCUCCCGUCAUCUUCGCGCAGAACGCCUACAAGCACGUCAUCUCCUUCGACAUGCUCUCCGGCAACGAGGACCGCGAAAACGUACUCAGAGCAAGAGAAUCUGGGAAGGGUGUUCUUACUGCUCCUUUUAAGCUGCUCAAUAAUCGCCUCGGAGUAAUCUUGACCUACACCGUGUACAAGACUGAGCUUCCCCCAAAUGCCAGGCCGCAAGAGCGCAUUCAGACUGCUAUAGGCUAUUUAGGUGGCAUAUUUGACAUUGAAGCACUUGUUGAUAAGUUGCUUCACCAGCUCGCAGGCAAGCAAUCUAUCAUGGUGAACGUGUAUGAUACUACUAAUGAGAGGCCAAUCAGUAUGUACGGUUCGAAUGAUACUGGCAGUGGCAUGUACUAUAAGAGCACACUGAACUUUGGUGACCCGUCAAGGAAGCAUGAGAUGCACUGCAGGUUCAUUCAGAAGCCACCAUGGCCGUGGUUGGCAAUUACGUCAUCGUUUGGAACUCUUGUGAUUGCUUUACUGAUUGGACACAUAGUUCAUGCUACUGUAACACGGAUUGCCAAAGUUGAAGAUGACUAUCAAAAGAUGACUGAGCUCAAGAAGCGUGCAGAGGAUGCAGAUGUUGCCAAGUCUCAGUUCUUGGCAACUGUUUCUCAUGAGAUCAGAACUCCAAUGAAUGGUGUUCUAGGAAUGCUGCAAAUGCUCAUGGAUACUGAUUUGGACACAACACAACAGGAUUAUGUUAGAACUGCGCAAGCUAGUGGAAAAGCAUUGGUUUCACUCAUUAACGAGGUUCUUGAUCAGGCGAAGAUCGAGUCUGGUAAACUUGAGCUUGAGACGGUGCCUUUUGAUCUUAGAACAGUUUGUGAUGACAUUUUAUCUCUCUUUUGUGGGAAAGCUCAGCAGAAAGGACUGGAGUUGGCAGUGUAUGUUUCUGAUCAAGUUCCAGAAACACUAAUCGGUGAUCCCGGCAGAAUAAGGCAGAUAAUUACAAAUCUUGUCGGGAACUCCAUAAAAUUCACAGAGAGAGGUCAUAUCUACUUGACAGUUCAUGUCAUUGAAGAGGUCAUGCCUUCUUUAGAUGUUGAGACAGGAACUCAGUGUGCAAAUACCUUAAGUGGCUACCCUGUGGUGAACAGGAAGUGCAGUUGGGAAAACUUUCGACAUUUUAAUAGGGAACUGAACUCAUGUGAGAUGCCUUUUGCACCUGGGGCAUCUGACACAGUAAGCUUGAUAAUAUCAGUUGAAGAUACUGGUGUUGGUAUUCCGUUCGAAGCUCAGUCCCGUGUCUUCACCCCUUUCAUGCAAGUAGGUCCGUCCAUCGCUCGCAUCCAUGGGGGCACUGGCAUUGGAUUAAGCAUCAGCAAAUGCUUGGUCGGUCUAAUGAAGGGAGAGAUCGGAUUUGCAAGUAAGCCCCAAGUUGGUUCUACUUUCACCUUCACUGCAGUACUUACGAGGGCCCGUUCUAGUGGAAACGAGAAUAAACCAUCAGAAUUUAAAGAGGUCAGUGCAUUGGUGUUUGACCAUAGACCGGUCCGAGCCAAGGUUACCAAGUACCAUUUGCAGAGACUGGGAGUUGAGACUGAAUUGACAACUGAUCUAGAUCAGUAUAUUUUUUCUAAAGUAAAUUGUGGAUUAAGGGUUGCAAAGCUUGUGCUGAUUGACAAAGAAACCUGGCUGAAGGAAUCCCAUUCCAUGCCUAUGUUGGUUAGUAAAUUGAGGAACAAAGAUCAGCCAAACUCUCCGAAGUUAUUUCUUUUGGAGAACCCUAAAAGUUCUGUCAGGAACAGUUCGCAUAUAUCCAGGGAAUUCCACUUGAAUGUAAUUAUGAAGCCACUUCGUGCGAGUAUGCUUCAGGUCUCUCUACAGAGAGCACUGGGUGGGAUAGAUAAAGUCAACUGCAGGAAUGGAGUAGUUGGCAAUUUAACAUUGGGCAGCCUUCUUCACAAGAAGAAAAUCCUCGUGAUUGAUGACAACAUUGUAAAUCUCAAGGUUGCUGCAGGUGCUCUUAAGAAGUAUGGUGCUGAAGUAACUUGUGCUGACAGCGGGAAGAAAGCAAUCACACUGCUGAAACCUCCUCACAGUUUUGAUGCUUGUUUCAUGGACAUACAGAUGCCAGAAAUGGAUGGAUUUGAAGCCACAAGAAGGAUUAGAGUGAUGGAAAGAGAUCUCAAUGAGCAAAUAGAGCGUGGAGAAGUUCCGCUAGAAUGUGCAAACGUUCAGCGAUGGAGAACUCCAAUAUUGGCCAUGACGGCGGAUGUUAUCCAAGCAACAUACGAAGAAUGCUUGAAAUAUGAAAUGGAUGGUUAUGUUUCCAAGCCAUUCGAGGGCGAGCAAUUGUACAGAGAAGUAGCCCGUUUUUUUCUAAAUCAAGAUCAAGUUCAGUAAGUAGGCUCAUAUGGAGUGUAAAAUAGUGGAGGAUAUCACCAACCGUUCACCAGUCGGGGCACAAAGAAUUUUGUCAAAGAUUCCGUGUUCUCAAGAGUGGAAAGACGCUGGAGAUGAAACCACCCAUGUUCAAUUCCAUUGUGCACCAUCUGACCAAGCUGCAAAACUGAGUGUACAAUUUCUUGAAAUCAAGGCAUGUGCAGCAAAUUACUCGACAAUUUCUUGAAGUCAAGGCGUGUGAAAAAGUCCAGCAGCAUUCACUAACUGCAGAUGUCCUCUGCCACUGUAAUAUAGCCGUAGGGAGAGAAAUUUUCGUUCCACUUUUUGCCCGGGAACUUACAGCUGUACAUAGUAGGUGUUAGUCGUUUGUGCAGGCAUUUCUUGGCAUUUUUGUAUGCAUCUUCUUCACGAUGUAUGGGGUUCAAACUGUAAAAUGUAAAUGGCACAUUCAAAGAUGGAGCUUUUGUUUGACGAAAACAUGGGUCGCCAUCGUCGGCCCUCAGCUUGUCGUCCUGAAGUUCCCACCAACCGAUUAUUCUACUGAAAACUGCCUGUUGGUGUGGCUUUAUCUGA